AUGACGUCCAAGGACGAACAGGGCAGAGCGCAUCGUUUGGGACCAAGAAAGUACGCGUGCAUCGAUUGCGAUCGAACGUUCGCGCUGAAGGCCUCGUUGAUCCGUCAUCGAACGUUCGAGUGCGACAAGCAACCGGUAGCGGUGGAACGCGAUCGUAACGAGAAGACGCUGAGGAAGAAGAAGAAGAAGUACCUUUGCCCCGAUUGCGAUCGCGUCUACGCCGUCUUCACGUCGCUAUGGAGACACCGGAACUACGAAUGCGGCGUAGAGCCGAAAUUCGUUUGCCCCAUUUGCCGCUUUAGAUUCACUCAGAAGAAGCUGAUAGCCAGCGGGCAGUGCGUCAGAGACGGAUGCUUCGGAAAUAUGGAAGGGUUCACCUGUCAUCGGUGCGGCAGAGCGUAUCAAAUGAGGCACAAUUUGGUGAAACAUUUGAGAUUCGAGUGCGGCGGGCACAAGCAUUUUGCCUGCACUUUGUGUCCGGCGAGAUACACGCAGAACGGCAAACUAAGACAGCACAUGUUGAACGCGCACAAUAUUUUUGUUCCCCCGCGAAAGACCAGAAUACGAUGCGCUUACGAGAGCAAGCCGGAUUACCGAACGUACCUCAAGUGUCUGCCAUCGCUGAACCUCGCGAACAACGCCAGCGGUGGCCCGUUCGAUCCGCCGGCCAUAGGUUGUUCGCCGGAUCCGCGGUUGCUCUUUCACGGUUCUUCCACCUGGAUCCCGGAGACGGACAAACCUUACAUGUGCUCGAGCUGCGGCAAAGGCCCAAGGUCCGUUUUUUUGCGAUCAACUGCCACGCAAUCUUUGGAAACGUUGCAAGGACAAGCUUGUCUGUUUGAAGUGCGAAAAGAAGUACAGCGACUGGAGGAGUUUGCGGAAACACAUGAAUUUUUUUUGCCAAAUGGAACCGCUCUAUCCUUGCCCUUAUUGCGCGCACAGAGCCAGAACAUCGACCCUGUUAAAGUAUCACGUGGGGGCGGUCAGUCGGACCUCCAGUUGGACGACUCGGUGUCGCCGGAUCAGUCCGGCAAGCCCGUGUUUGUCUGUCCGAAAUGCGGCAAAGGUUACACCUGGAAGGCGAGCCUUCAGCGUCACCUGAGCACCGGUUGCGGAUUACCGCCCAUGUUUCGCUGCAAACUCUGCGACUACAGGACCAGCAGAAAGGACAUUCUCUUCAGGCACAUAAGACACGUGCAUUCUCGGAUUUUGGCUUAG